AUGCGUGAUCAAAUUUAAUUAAUUAUUUCUUUUUAUUGAAUAUCAACAUCAGUAAUUUUUUCUACAUUUUCUGCAGUUGAGUACCCAUUGAUAUACGCUGUUAUUGGAAUUUUUUUUAUUGGAAGAGCUUUAUGUGGACUUCCGUGUCUCUUCGCCUUUCUCGUAUUCAAAUGGCGAAGGAAACAUCGGUCGGAAUAUGACACAAUUGAAGAAUUCCUACAAACCCAUAAUAACCUUAUGCCGAUAAGAUAUUCUUACUCGGACAUUAAGAAGAUUACUAGAGGUUUGAAGGAAAAGUUGGGAAAAGGAGGCUUUGGUACUGUGUAUAAAGGAAAGCUUCGUAGUGGUCAAUUUGCUGCGGUGAAAAUAUUGAAUAAACCUAAAGCUGAUGAACAAGAUUUUAUUAAUGAAGUUGCUACUACUGGGAAGAUUCACCAUGUUAAUGUGGUAAAACUAAUUGGUUUUUGUGCCGAGGGAUCAAGACGAGCUCUUAUAUAUGAAUUCAUGUCUAAAGGAUCUCUUGAUAAUUAUAUUACUUGUCGUGAAGGAUCCAUUUCUUUAAGUUGGGAAAAACUAUAUGAGAUAUCCCUUGGAGUUGCUCGUGGCAUUGAAUAUCUACAUCGAGGUUGUGACAUGCAAAUCCUUCAUUUUGAUAUCAAACCUCACAACAUUCUUUUGGAUGAAAAUUUCACUCCAAAGAUAUCUGAUUUUGGGAUUGCUAAAUUUUAUCCAACCAAGGGGAGCAUUCCAUCUCUUACAGCUGCAGGGGGAACUCCAGGAUAUAUUGCACCAGAGAUAUUCUAUAGAAACAAUUUCUACAAAAACAUUGAACGUGUCUCAUAUAAAGCAGAUGUGUAUAGCUUUGGACAAUUGGUGUUAGAAAUGGCGGACAGAGAGAAGAAAGUAAAUGCAGUUGAUGAAAGUUUAAGUGACGUUUACAGUCCAUAUCGGCUUCAUGACCAACUCUCUAGUGGAAACUUACCAAUAGAAGAUAUAGAAAAGGAGGAAAAUAUAAAAGCUAGGAAAAUGAUGAUAACAGGAUUAUGGUGCGUACAGUUUCAACCUUCUAAUCGUCCUGCAAUGAACAAAGUUAUAGAGAUGCUUGAAGGAGAUUUUGAAAGCCCACAAAUGCCUCCCAGGCCUGUUCUAUUUCCUGCAGAUUCAAUGAUUACGGAUGGGGGAAGAUUGUCAUUAACAUCAGAUGAGUUUACAGAAUCAAAUAGCUUGGCUGAAAAUUCGGGAGGACACAUAGGAAAUAUUCUGCUCAGUGCAGGGGAAGGCCAACAUGCCACUCGUUGAAAGAGUAGUCUUUCCAUUUUAAAUGGUAGAACAGAAAUCUUCUUCAUCUUGCAUCCUUUUAAAUUGCUCUAAACACUAGAGUUGAUUAAUGACUCGAUGAUAGUUUGUAAUGAUUCUGCUUUUUACUUGCAAGUGCAAGCUACCUUUAUUUGCAUCGUAUUUGUGGUUCUUCUAAACCUAAUGAUAAUGCAUUUGCAGAUGUUUCAC